AUGGAGGAGUUUGACGGCGCCAUUGGCAUCGACCUCGGCACGACGUACUCGUGUGUGGCGGUGUUCCGCAACGACGCGGUGGAGGUGGUGCCGAACGACCAGGGCAACCGCACGACGCCGUCCUGCGUCGCGUUCCACAACGGCGACGUGCUCGUUGGCGACGCGGCGAAACAUUUGGCCUCGCGUGGUGUGAAGGGUGUUGUGUACGACGCGAAACGCAUGAUCGGCUGCCGCUUCGGCGACAAGGCCGUCCGCGACGAUGCGAAGCGGUGGCCCUUCGCUAUCGAGGCGGGGGAGAACGACAGCGUGCUGAUCUGCGUCGAGCACAAGGGCGAGACACUGCGGCUGGAGCCGGAACAGAUCUCCGCGCGGGUGCUCGCGUACCUCAAGGGGUGUGCGGAGCGCUACCUCGGCCGGGCGGUGGGGCGGGCCGUCAUCACGGUGCCCGCGUACUUCAACGACGCCCAGCGGGAGCGCACAAAGGCGGCUGCACGCAUUGCGGGGCUAGAGGUGCUGCGCAUCAUCAAUGAGCCGACGGCGGCGGCGCUGUGCUACGGUCUCGGCAUCGGCUCAGGCGCAGGUGCGCAGGGCACCGAAAAGCCGGUCAACGUGUUGGUAUUCGACUUCGGCGGUGGUACCUUCGAUGUGUCGAUCAUCACCAUCGACAACGGCUCCUUUGCUGUGCGGUCAACAGCAGGCGACACGCACCUCGGCGGACAGGACGUUGAUGCGGAGCUGCUGCGGCAUGUGCUUGCAGACCUCAAGAGCCGCCACGGUGUGGACGCGACGGCGCAGCCGCGGACGCUUGCCAAGCUGUUGGCGCGCUGCGAACAGGCAAAGCGUGUUUUGUCGCACACCGCGACUGAGGAACUCGUACUUGACGGUAUUUUGCCAGACGGGGAGGAGUACACGCUCGGCCUGACGCGGGCUAAGCUGGAGGAGCUCUGCGCCAAGGUGUUUGCCCGCUGCAUGAGCGUCGUGCAGAAGGCGAUCAAGGACGCGGCGAUGACGGUGGACGACAUCGGCGACGUCAUCCUUGUUGGUGGCAGCUCCCGCUUCCCCGCCCUCCACGCCAUGCUGCAGGAGAUGUUCAGGGGUAAGCGGCUCUGCAGCUCCGUCCACCCCGACGAGGCGGUGGCGAUCGGUGCGGCCGUGCAGGCGAGCAUUCUCGGCGCGUCGCCCGAGCAGCAGUCGGCGAAGACGGCGGACGUCGUGCUGAUGGACGUCGUGCCGCUCUCCAUCGGCGUAGAGGUGGACGACGGCAAGUUCGACGUCAUCAUCCGCCGCAACACGACCAUCCCGUACCGCGCGACGAAGGAGUACAGCACCGUCGAGGACGACCAGGAGGAGGUGGAGGUGCAGGUCUUCGAGGGCGAGCGGCCGCUCACACGCCACAACCACAAGCUCGGCGCCUUUGUCCUUGACGGCAUCACGCGGGCGAAGCGCGGCGAGCCGACCAUCACAGUGACGUUCAGCGUUGACGCCGACGGCAUCCUCACCAUCACCGCCAGCGAGGAGCUCGCCAGCGUGAUGAAGACACUCGUUGUCGAGAACGCCGACCGCCUCAGCGCGGAGGCGGUGCAAAGGAUGAUCGAAGUCGCGCAGAAGCUGUCGGCGAGCGACGCGGUGGCUGCCGCCGUCACAGACGCCGCCGCGCGCCUCACACGCGGCUUCGCGGAGCUCGAUGCGGCGCUCGCUGCGACACCGCCUCCGCACACAGCGGAGCUGCAGCGCCGCGUCGCGUUCCUUGCGCACGGCAAGGCAUGGCUCNCAGCUGCCCAAGUACACAGAUGUGCGGGAGGUGGAGAAGAAGGCGGAAAAAAUCAUGAGACUUGUGCAGAAGGCCAUGAAGACGCUGCGGCGGGAGGCGCGGGCGAGUUGCGAUGCCGACCGUACAGAAGACAACAGAGAAGCCGACGACGAUGGUGA